AUGGGAAAGGUUUGCUCUGUGCUCUCGGGGAGACCCGCUCCGGCGGACAUCUGCGCCGUCAUCAAGGAGGCCGAGCACCGGGCGGAGGAGUGGGGAUUGCUGGGCCUCGGAGACUCUCGUGACGUGUCUCCGAAGGCUGCCAAGCAAGAGCCCCUCACCGGGGCCCGGAGGAGCCUUCUCAUUGGAUGCAACUACGUCGGUGCCAAUGACGUUCGGCGCAUGAUCCCGGUGCUGGCAUCUUUGCUGAAUCGGGUGCUCCUGGAUGAGGAGGGCGUCGAAGGGCCGAAGCCCACGCAUGCGAACAUGCUUGAGGGCCUGGACUGGCUGGUGGCCGAAGCCCAGCCCGGGGAUGCCCUGCUACUCCACUACUCGGGGCACGGGGGCCGAGAGCCUGCGGAGGAGGGCGGCUACCAUGAGACCCUGGUGCCCCUGGACUUCGAAACCGCCGGGAUGCUACGGGACACCGAGCUCUUUGAGCGGCUGGUGAAGCGCUUGCCGGAAGGCUGCCGGCUGACCUGCAUCUUGGACAGCUGCCACAGCGCCGGAGCUUUGAAUCUGCCUUACAUCUUCGUGGGGACGGAGGAAGAGCUGCGGAAGGCCGUGGCGGGUGAGGCCGUCCGGAUGGCGCUGGCCAUGCGAUGGAAGUCCGACCUGGAGAAGCUGGGUAAGAACCUCUGGAAGAUGUACCAGGAUGGCCACAGCGGCUACGUCACUGAUACGGAGAACACAAAGGGUGUCGCUGUCGGCGAAGUGGUGGCCAUCACUGGAUGCUGCUUGGUCUGA